UGUUGCUGUGUUUGAGCGCUAAAUUUAAUGUAAGUGUAAACCCUUUGAACAAGAUUUGUAGUCUGUGUUGUGUACAAGUGAACAUUGCUGAGGCUUUGUAGGGCAAUUCAACUUGGGCACUGUUUGGUGUAUUUUGAUUAGACCAGUGAUUCUGACUCCCGGACCUGGAUUAGCUGCCAUUCCCCUGCAGAUUUCAGUGUUUCCCCUAAUUAGUAUGAGGUGAACACUGAUAGGAACACAAGCAGUGUAGUGGCAGGCUGUGACUGUCUGAACGCCACUGGACUGGACUCAGGAGGCACGUUUGUGAUUAUUUCCCUCGCGCGGGCUUCACAGUACUUACAGCCGAAUAUGGUGCCCACUAGCACAUUUAGCUGGUCUGGCCAAACUCUCACAUCGUUUCAACCUGAAGUGUUAACUGCAUAUCCUGGACUUCUCUGUGUGAAGGUCUUCAAGUCUUGGACUCUCUUUCCUAUUACAGCGGAGUUCCGACGUAUUACAACAGUUGCCCUGGAAGAGACGUUCAUGCUGAAGCUUGACUGGUACACACCACGUCUUAUACAGCUGUUUCGUGCCAAAGGGGGAGCUGCUGGUGCUAGGAUGCAUCCACUCCUGAAUGAUGUAAAUGAGUCUCAAAGUGUUGAGAAAAAAAGGGAUGCUGUUGUCUGCUGCCUCAUGGAGUACCUUGGGGAACACCAAGAAGACCUCUUCCAAGACUGCCAGAGCGAACAUGAAGACCACACAGACCAAACCAUGAAGGUGAUUGUGAUCCAUGAUGCCAUGUCCGAAGAUGAUCCAGCAGAUGUUUUUGUUGUGAUAGAGGGCAUCCAAGUGCUGAAGGGGUGUGGAAACAAGACAAAGGCAUGUGUGCUGUUGAUGGGUUUAAUCUAUGCCCUCAACCUUGAAUAUCCAAAGAAGCUCAAGUACACUUUCGAAGUAUUCCAGAAAAUAUUUUUGGAGCUUGAUGGAGCAAAACUUCUCAAGAGGGUCCACAGCCUCAAAAGUAAGCUAAUGGAAUGAACUGUUUUACACACAUUUGUUCACAGACUUUUUUUCUUGUUUUUAUACUUGUUUUUUAUACUCUUUUAUACUCUAUUCAAGUUGGUAUCUGAGAUUAUUACCUGUUAUUGGGGUUGCUUACAUGUUUUGAUUUUGCUUGGUCUGGAGUGUACCAACUGAUGUAACUGAACUGACUGACAAAGCAGUGUUUGAUUUUCUGGUUACCUUACUUUUUUGAAAUGCACCUCAUUGUCUUUGUUGAAGUAUAUGUGUACUCUUUAAAUCAGAUAUAGCAUAAGCACUUUACACCAUCUGCAACUUAUUCACAUCAUCUCUUUUUUCUACACUCAUCCACUUUUUCACCUCCAGUGAUCAGCAGGGAUUAUGUGGGUGGUGGGUCAUUCUCAGCACAGCAGCAUCCUGUGACCACUGAUGAAGGACUAGAGGAUGACCAACGCAUCUGUGAACACUAACACACCAUCGCAGUGUCACUGAAUGACCCACCACCCUCAUAAUAAGUGAUUACAUUCUUUAAUUAUAGAACUUCAAAGUGUUUGGUGGAGCUGACAAAUAGACAAUGGGUGUAGUAAAAGAAGUGGCUGGUCUCUGUAAAAAAAUUGCAAAUAGGCAUGAGUUGAAAAAAGUGAUAGUUUAUGUUCCUUUAAUUUCAGCAAUCUGAAAUACCCCAGACCUAAGUAUUCUACUGUUUUGUAAUGCAGUUGUUCAAGAAAUGUGUUGAAGCUGUUAAUGGUGUUAAUGAAGUGGCUGGUCUCUGUAUAAGUUGAAAAAUAGACUCAUGAGUUGAUAGUGUUAUAACAUUUUGUGAUGCAGUUCAAACGUGUUGAAGCAUAAGACUGUUUGAGAGGAUGUACAUGUUCAAGAAACUUUGGUUUUAACUGUGUGCAUAGUGAAAAAAAUACUUUUGUAUCUUUGUGUUUUUGAAGGCACACUUAAUAAAAAAAAGUUGGCCUCAAAA